AUGCUGGCUCCGCGGGCCGGGGGUCCCGGCUCUGUCCAAGUCCAGCAGAAGAGCUCAGCAGUUGUCCAGAGAAAAUCCUACGUCCCCUCUAGCAAGGGCGAGUAUAUCGUCACCAAACUCGACGACCUGAUCAACUGGGCGCGAAGGAGCUCCCUGUGGCCGAUGACGUUUGGCCUGGCGCGCUGCGCCGUGGAGAUGAUUUACUACCACUACUCCUACUCGGUGGUGAGGGGCUGCGACCGCAUCGUGCCGGUGGACAUCUACGUGCCAGGUUGCCCCCCUACAGCUGAGGCGUUGCUCUACGGAAUCCUGCAGCUUCAGAAGAAAAUCAAACGGGAGAAGAAGAUCCAGAUCUGGUACAGGAAAUAG